AUGGGAAUCGAUCUCUCCGAGGUGACGGCGAUCCCCAAACCUCUAACCGGAUUUUCAGGAGAAACAACGAUGAAUAUGGGAACAAUUAGGCUCCUAGUGGUAGCUGGCGGAGUCACUAAGAUCGUCGAAUUUUGCGUCACCGAUCACUUAGCAAUCUACAAUGUGAUUAUGGGAACUCCAUGGAUCAACGGGAUGAGGGCGGUCCCUUCCACCUAUCAUCUCUGCCUCAAAUUCCCGACUCCAGCAGGCAUCAAAACGAUCUGGGGAAAUCAGAAGGAGUCGCGAAUGUGCUGCUUAGCGGAGCACAAGCUGAGGAAUCCCGUCACCGACGCACGAGCAGACAUAGAUCGCAAAAAGAUCACGGAGAGCCGCGAAACGCGCGCCGAGCUGGUAUGUGAUGCAGUGGAAUCGAUGUGCAUAGACGAAGCGCGUCAAGAACGAUGCGUCGAAAUCGGAGCAAAACUAGAAGAACCUCUGAGAAGCAAACUUCUUUCUCUCCUCAAAGAGAACAUCAUCACUUUUGCCUGGACAGCGGAAGAUAUGCCGGGCAUAAGCAUCAACGUGACCUGUCACGAGCUGAACGUGGACUCAACCUUCAAACCAAUCAAGCAGAAAAGAAGGAAGCUCGGACCCGAACAAGCUAAAGCAGUUAACGACGAAGUGGAUAGAUUGCUCAAAGUAGGAUCAAUCGCUGAGGCCAAAUAUCCAGACUGA